AUGCCAAAAGUUCAAUGGCUUGUGGACAACUAUGAAACAGCAGAGGGUGUCAGUCUUCCUCGAAGCACGUUGUAUUUUCACUAUUUGCAACAUUGCCAUGAACAUAAGUUAGAGCCAAUGAAUCCAGCAUCAUUUGGCAAGCUUAUUCGUUCCGUCUUCCUUGGUCUCAAAACACGUCGCCUUGGCACUCGAGGAAAUUCCAAGUACCAUUAUUAUGGAAUUCGCAUCAAACCGACUUCACAUUUAAUUCACUACGUAGAAGAUGCUAGUUUUGCCUUGCGCCACUAUCCUUCUUAUCAUCGACAAAGUAUGGAAUCAAUACCAGAAUGGAAAGGUCUCACAUCUAAUGUCUCCGGAAGUGGAAAUGUAGGUGGUGGAUCUGCAGAUCGGCUAAAAACAGCCCUGCGCACUGGUUUGGGGCCUGGCAGUCCGAUGGGGUCAAUCUCCAGUGGUUCAAGUAAUUAUCAUGUUCACCAUUCAUCCAAUUCUGUCGUCGGUGGUAUUGGACAUCUUGUAUCUUCCGGCAUAACUGGAUCAUCUAGCAGUUCUAAUAUGGGGGAUGCAGCUACUUCUAACUCUGCUCUUGUCGGAGUCUCAGGUCUAUCUAACCUUGGGGGGGCUGGGGGUGUCUCUUCCAAAUCUGGCAUGUAUCCACAUCAGCAUACAAAAUUCCUUGGUCAGACGAGCUUGGCGCUCCCAAAUUUAGAUGAGAUAUGUCGUUCCUCAAAUCUACCAAUCCCGGGCCAGUGUAUGAAUUGA